AUGUCGCCGGUGCGGGCCGUGCUGGCGCUACUGGCCGCGCUCUGGGCCCCGGCGGCCGGUUACUUCGUCAGCAUCGACGCGCACGCCGAGGAGUGCUUCCUCGAGCGGGUCCCCUCCGGCACCAAGAUGGGGCUCAUCUUCGAGGUGGCCGAGGGAGGCUUCCUCGACAUCGACGUCGAGAUCACAGGCCCCGAUAACAAGGGCAUCCACAAAGGCGACAGAGAAUCCAGUGGGAAGUACACCUUCGCGGCUCACAUGGACGGGACGUAUAAGUUCUGCUUCAGCAACAAAAUGUCCACCAUGACUCCAAAGAUCGUGAUGUUCACCAUCGACAUUGGGGAAGCUCCUAAGGGACAGGACAUGGAGACAGAAGCUCACCAGAACAAGCUAGAAGAGAUGAUUAACGAAUUAGCGGUGGCCAUGACAGCCGUCAAGCACGAACAGGAAUACAUGGAAGUUCGCGAAAGAGUACAUCGAGCGAUUAACGACAACACAAAUAGCAGAGUGGUCCUCUGGUCGUUCUUCGAAGCCCUCGUACUAGUUGCAAUGACACUGGGACAGAUCUACUACCUGAAGAGGUUUUUCGAAGUCCGGAGAGUGGUUUAAUCAAAACUAUGGCUCCCAGACCCCAUUCUGGUGAUCCCCAGACUCUUUUACCAAACAACUUCGUUGCAAAAAUCACAUUAGUUUCCUUUAUUUCCCCCCCCCUCCCUCCCCCCCUUGCAUCCUGAACUAUAAAACUUUUUAAGUUUAAUGUCUUCUUAGCUUAAUUCUGGGUUUCUUUGGGGUUUUUUUGUUUUGUUGUUGUUUUGUUUUGAUAUGAGGCGAUAAACCCGCCAUGAGUUAUUUUUCGGAAAUUGGACGAUUUUGUUUCUCAGAAGCCAAAAUGAUUUGAACCAAAACAACAGGCGUUAGUUGGAAAAACAGUACCCUUGCUUGUCUUAAGUCUGGGUCUCCCCCCACCCCCUCUUUAAGUUUCUCUGUGAGUUAUUUUAUUUUAUUUGCAGCAAAUUGCUGACAUUUUGUCUUUGAAAUGGUACAGGGCGUUUUGAUAAUAACGUGCAGACCUGUGGAGAAGAUUCUCUAACUCAACCAGUGAGUUUACUAAACAGUUAUGGUGUACCCCAAUCCUAGCAGAGCUCCCCCACCCCACCCCAAAAAAAGAAAUGCCGAGGAAGAAAUGAACGUGGUACUAUCCACACAAACUAGGAAUGGGUGGGGUUAAGUUAUGCUUAGAUGUCUUCUGUAAAAAAACACCCCAAUAUCUUUAUGGUGGUUCCACCGAUUUGUUCCUUGAGAUUUAAGUUAGGGAAACAAGGAUAUAGCCCUGUUCCAGAUGGUCUUUGUUUUCAAAUCCAGGAGCUGGUAGUUGGGGAUUUG